AUGGCACACGAAGACAACCGAUACGUCGUUAGUGGACCGCCCCAUCGGUCAGACAUUUCCGCCGGAUGUGAUUCGCUUGGUUCGUUCGUACGUCGGAAGUUGCUACAGAAUGGCCGCGAGGUAGCGCUGAUUGAUGGCGUAUUUGGGACGGAGGUUACGUACCGGGAACUACUCGAGCAGGGUGCGCGAUUGGCCGUCUGUUUGCGCCAACAGGUUGGCAUCCGGAGUGGAGACGUGAUCGGGAUCGUGUCGGAGAACCGGCUUGAGUUUCCGGCUGUGCUGGUGGGAGCUUUUCUACUUGGGGCCACAGUUGCACCGAUCAACCUAACCUAUACUGAGCGUGAGCUGGAACACGCAUUUGGGCUGUCAAAACCGCGUGUUCUGUUCUUCUCGGCGUUCGCUGCUGAUCGGAUCGUGCCUGCAGCCACCUCAGAACGGUGCCGUGGGUAUAUCGAACGCUUGGUUCUGUUUGGUGAUGAGAACCCUUUCGAAGCUGGUCCAGUAGUACUGCUGGAGCAGUUUCUCGCGACUCAACCACCGGUAGAUCCUGAAGGGUUUGAGAUCGAACCAACACGUGUCAAUGAGCAUGUAGCACUGAUCAUGUGCUCCUCCGGAACAACUGGUCUUCCGAAAGGCGUCCAGUUGACUCAAGCGAACGUGAUGGCUAGCGUCGGACUCACGGAGGAGUCAUCAUCGACAAUGACGGACAUGCCAGACCGCAUGGUGGUGUUGUGCGUGUUACCCUGGUUCCACGCAUUCGGUUGUCUGAGCCUUGUGAACGUCUUAUGCAUCAAGGAGUUGAUGGUAUCACUUCCAAAGUUCGAAGACUUUCUAUAUCUCGGCUGCAUUGAGACGUACCGUUGCAAUACGCUGCUAACAGUGCCACCGAUUGUGCUGUUUCUCGCGAAACACCCGCUGGUGGAUAGCUACGAUCUCGCUAGCGUGCACACGAUCAUCUGUGGAGCAGCUCCACUGCCACGGGAAACUGAAGAACUGCUGCGAAAGCGACACCCGCAGGUCCGGUACGUCCGGCAGGGGUACGGAAUGAGUGAGUUGACGUUGGCGACUCUCGUCCAGAGUGGUGAAGAUCACAAACCGGGCAGUGUAGGACGGGCACAGAUUGGCACACAGGUGAAGGUUGUCGAUCCGGAAACGGGUCGGGCUCUUGGUCCAAAUGAACGUGGUGAGCUGUGCUUCCGUGGUACGCAGGUGAUGCGAGGUUAUGUUGGAGAUGAGAAGGCCACUCGACUGACGAUCGAUUCAGAAGGAUGGCUGCAUUCCGGUGACGUUGGGUACUAUGAUGAGGAUGGCGAGUUCUUCGUCGUUGACCGGUUGAAGGAGUUGAUCAAGUACAAGGGGUAUCAGGUGCCACCGGCAGAGAUUGAGUCGGUGUUACUCGGACACCCGGGCGUCUUGGAUGCGGCCGUUAUAGGUGUUCCGAAUGAGGAGGCUGGUGAGCUUCCACUCGCAUUCAUCGUACGUCAGCUCGGUGAGGUUGGUGCCUCUGUUACAGCACAAGAACUUGUGCAGUACGUGCAACAACGGGCGUCGGCAGCUAAGAGGCUACAUGGAGGAGUGCGAUUCAUCGACGCCAUUCCGAAGAACCUGAGCGGGAAGAUUCUACGGCGCGAGUUGCGUGAACUUGCGCGAGAGGAACACACCCGAUCGAAGUUGUAGCUGCUUUGAGAGCUUAUCGGGUUGGGUAAUUGCUGACGCCGAUUACUUCAAUAAACCGCUGGUGUAG